GCUCCUUUCACCUCUUGACCUUGGCUCGAUGUCACAACCACUCCAGUCCCCGUCAACUCACAGCCUUCUGCCUCCCAUCAGCCCAGGUGGUGCACCGUCGAUACGUACCGUCGCCAGCAAUGCGUCUCUUCGGUCGCAGAGCGACUCGCGUUACGCCAUAGCAAGCGAAGGUUCGACGAGCCCGGUCCCUGCCUCAAUAUCCGAUAAGUUCGCAAUGUCGCCAGACCCGUCAUCGUGGGGCGGUAAUCUUUCGCCGAAUUUUCGGGAACCUGACGACGAACUACACAAUCCCGACCCUAAGCGGGACCGCAAAAGCGACAAAGGGGGCACAAUCUUGACCUCUCGUGGCAUUGCGAACUUGGGAUGUCUGGUCAUCCUGUUUACUGGCAUCGGAAUGCUCUUUGCCGGAUAUCCUCUCAUCUCCCAUUUUACUAAAAGGCAGCAAACAAGUCUCGGCGGAUUCAAUCUUGGGGGCACUAACGCGACCGGUCAGGUGCCCAAGAUGCCAGGCAACUGGGGUCUUGUCGAUCUAGAGACGCCUGAAGAAGUUUACACUAAGGUCGAUUAUGUUAGCGGAAAGACCUGGGAACUGGUCUUCAGUGACGAGUUCAACACUGAUGGUCGUACUUUCUAUCCUGGAGACGACCCUUAUUGGGAAGCGGUCGACUUACACUACUGGGAAACAAACAACAUGGAGUGGUACGACCCGGCAUCCAUCACUACUCGCAAUGGAUCGUUGGAAAUCACGCUGUCCGCUCAGCAGACGCAUGGGCUGAACUACUCGGGCGGUAUGAUGACCACGUGGAAUAAGUUCUGCUUUACCGGUGGCCUUGUUGAAGCUUCAGUCGUUCUUCCCGGUACAAAUAAUAUCGUCGGCCUCUGGCCCGCCAUUUGGAUGAUGGGUAAUCUCGGUCGGGCCGGUUAUGGUGCAAGCCUCGAGGGCAUGUGGCCCUACUCGUACGACUCUUGUGAUGUCGGCACGGUUGCGAAUCAAACAAUGAAUGGUCUCCCAAUCGCAGCUACAGAGAACGGUGAUCCCAGUAAUGGCGAUGUACUCUCUUACCUACCUGGUCAGCGUCUCUCGCGUUGCACCUGCCCAGGCGAAUCGCAUCCUGGUCCUGUUCACACCGAUGGUACUUACGUCGGCCGUUCUGCACCCGAAAUCGAUAUUUUCGAAGCUACGAUGGGCGGUAGCCCACUCCAAGGUCAGGUCUCUCAGUCAGGACAGUGGGGCCCCUUCAACGCCGAAUACCAAUGGUUCAACACGUCUGCAAAUCUCAUUAUUCCCAACACCACCCUCACUGUGCUAAACCCCUAUAUGGGCGGUGCUUUCCAGCAGGCCACCUCCGGUUUAACUUGGACCAACCAGGAGGCGUAUGAGCUGACCGGCGACCAAUUCUCGGUUUAUGGCGUACAGUAUCAGCCUGGUUUCGACAAUGCCUACAUCGCCUGGAUUGCUGACGGCCAGAUGGCCUGGCAGCUGAACCAGCCUGGUAUGGCUGCUGACCCUCGCGUCGAGAUUGGCUCUCGCCCUGUGCCGCAAGAACCGAUGUAUUUGAUAGCCAACUUGGGAAUGUCUCAGAACUUCGGCUUUGUCGACAUCGCCCAUCUCACCUUCCCCACAACAUUGAAGGUUGACUGGAUUCGCGUGUAUCAGGACCCGGACAACAAGAACAUUGGCUGUGAUCCGGAGGAUUUCCCAACUGCCGCUUACAUUAACCAGUACAUCGAAGCGUACACUAACCCGAACUUGACAACUUGGCGUAACGAUUUUGGGCAGCCAUUCCCCAAGAGCAACUUCUUGGGCCAAUGCUAAUUUCUUCUCGUGGAUUAGGACACAGGACCUUUAGACUGCUCACAUCUUCAUUGUUCCACGUGCUUUCCCGCUGCAUUUACAUUGGCAUAAUUUUCAGGAGACAUACCCACAUCAUUACACUUGUUUUCUACUAGGAUAUGGUCUCGUGCUUGUCCAGCGCAUCUUUAAUAUGAGCU